CACUCUUUCGCUCUCUCAUUUUUUUCAUAUCUCACACAAUUGUUGUAAGCUUUUCAGCAUGGAUUUUGGUUCAAGCUUUCAAAGGCCACAAUACCUUUCAAGCCUUUUCCCUAGAAAUUCCUGCUUGAUGCCACAAACUCAAGCAAUGUUUCCAUCCCAAAACUCUAUUCAUGUUCCACUGUCACCACCACUACCCGCCAUGUUUCAUCCUAACAACACUUUUCACCAUUUUCAAGAUCCCAUCAUGAAUGGGCCUACUCACAACCCUCCCUUUGCAAUGAAUGGCCCUUUCAACCCCAUCACCACCCCAAUGUAUGGGAUACCAACCCCUGCUUUGGGUGAUGGGUCUUCCUUGAGUGGCUUUGUUAACGUUCACCAUCACCACCCUGUAACUUUAGCACCAAACAACAACAAAAUGGAGGGGUUAGUAUCCCAUAACCCUUCCUUUAUUAUGAAUGGUCCCUCCAACUCGAUCACCACCCCAAUGUAUGGGAUACCAACCCCUUCUUUGGGUGAUGGGUCUUCCCUAGGUGGCUUUGUUAACAUUCACCAUCACCACCAUGUAACGUUAGACCCAAAUAACAACAAAAUGGAGGCUUUAUAUGGUCAUCACAAAGGCAAACACAUAUUGGAUUUUUCACAGAACGCCAUGAUGCAUCCAUAUGAAGCUUCUUCUUCCAAGUCACCAUUGCCUUUUUCUCUCUCUAAUGUGUACGAAUGGGGGAUAAGUGAAUAUCACCAGGACAUUGAUUGGAAGGUAAAGAUGACAAAUGAUUCCAACAUUGCUAAUGAUAAAAUAAUCAAAGGGCAGUGGACUUCAGAAGAAGACAGUGCACUUUUGGAACUCGUAAAUCAAUUUGGGCCGAAGAAAUGGUCGCAAAUUGCAAAGUUAUUGCAUGGUAGGAUUGGUAAACAGUGCAGAGAAAGAUGGUACAACCAUCUUCAACCAAACAUUAAGAAGGGCCCAUGGAGCGUGGAGGAAGACCAAAUCUUAAUCGAAGCCCAUAAGAUAUAUGGGAACAAGUGGACCAAGAUUGGAGAGAGGUUGCCUGGUAGGACUGAGAACACCAUCAAGAAUCGUUGGAAUGGCACCAAGCGGCGCCAGAAUUUCAAGAAGCAUAACAAGAACAACCAAACCCCUUAUGAAGGCUCCAUGCUCCAUGCCUACAUUAAAAAGGUCACUGCUACUAAGUAAGCUGCAAAAGGGCUAAAGAAAUCCAUAAGUCUGAAGAAUAAGAAGGUGUUGAGAUGUUUUCAUGGUUGGACAAUAGUUAUGCUAUAAUUUAGGUAGAAAUGUCAUUAUGUUAUAUCAUAUAUCCUUUUAUGUUUU